AUUCAGUCAAAUUCAUUUGUUAGUCCAAAAACAAAAAAAAAAUCGUAACUUUUAUCAGUUCACCUUAACCCCUUCUACUUUACACUAGUACCACUUCAGCCCUUUAUUUUCUGAACUCAUUGGCGAUCAUCCAUGACAGGUUGGUAGGCGGUUGACAUUUCGAAGUCAAACAAACGCGUCAGAUAGAAGACAAUUGAAACCCCAAAUGAUGUGAUUACAUUCAUAUUUGGCAUCAGUAUACGUAUAUAUACAAGCCAGAAGGAACCCUCUUCUAUGUUCGCCCUCCGUUCAACAACUUUGAAGUUCGGAAAUUUUGAGGGAACAAUUGAUUUUGAAACCGAUAACUUUUGUUCAGAAAUACUGCAGAUACACCUGAUCAAUGGCUCAAUCAACAAAUACAGCUGGGAAGAAGCUCAUUAAAAUUGAUGUGACUUCGGAUAGUGUGUGCCCAUGGUGUUACGUGGGCAAGACGAAUCUAGACAAAGCUUUAGCUCUAUCAAAAGAUCAAUACGAUUUCGAGAUUAACUGGCAUCCAUUUUUACUAAACCCUUCUGCCCCUAAAGAAGGGGUUAACAAGAUCGAUUACUACAGGAACAAAUUUGGUUCUCGAGCUGAUCAAAUGAGUGUUCGGAUGUCUCAGGUUUUUAAGGAAAUUGGAAUGGAAUACAGCAUGUCAGGCCUCACGGGAUGUUCCCUGGAAAGCCACAGGCUCAUACUUUUUGCAGGGAAACAAGGGCUUGAUAAGCAACACAAUCUUGUUGAAGAGAUAUUCAAAGGCUAUUUCACACAGGCAAAGUUUAUAGGUGACAGGAACUUUCUUGUGGAAUCUGCAAGGAAAGCUGGGAUAGAAGGAGCAGCUGAGUUUCUUGAUGAUCCAAAAAUGGGACUUGAGGAGGUUAAUGAAGAACUUGAGAAACACUCCGCCAACAUUUCUGGUGUCCCUCAUUAUGUGAUUAAUGGAAAACAUCAGCUGAGUGGUGGCCAACCUGCAGAAGUAUUCCUGAGAGCUUUUCAAGUGGCUGCUAAUUGAGUGAUUUCAUCUAGUGAUUGCUACAUAUAAGAGUGUUAUCAAGUCGUUUUUAUACAUUAAUGUUUGCAAUAAAUAUAUCACUUAUCUGAUUUAUUUUUGGUUAUAUAAACUUAUGUUUUUGUUUAUGUGCUCGAUUUGAAUCAUAAUCAUUUGGAAGUCGAAACAAACUGCUUUCAAAAGUCUUUGAACAUGUAAAUACAGAUAAAGUGAAAAAUACAAGAGCAUUCCCAUUCAAUGGGCAUGUAUUUCCUGUAUAAUUCAAGAGAUUUCUUCAAUAAUUG